AUGUGGUGUCCGUCCCUUAACUACAUCACUUUGCAUUAUGCCUACAUCUUUGUCAUGGGACUGCUGUCCCUCCCCUUCCUGUACUUGCACGGCAACAUGUCCGCCAUGGACGCCUACUUCAUGGGCGUCAGUGCAUCGACAGAGUCUGGACUCAACGUUCUUGACCUGAAUGAGCUGAGGCUGUAUCAGCAAAUAUACCUGUACUGCACGACUGUAUUCACGCAGAUGGGCUUCACCAACAUCUUGGUCGUCGUCGUCCGACUCUACUGGUUCAACAAGCACCUAAGUGACUUUGACCCUCGGGAAGAGUCUGACUUGGAAUUCGGAGAACCCAAAGCACCCUCGCCAGGCAUAGAUGAUGUAGGCGAUGGCAGAGACGCUGGCAACGGAACAGCAGCAAGGAAGGCACGUAAGACGUGUGACGACUUGGGUCUUCACCCUCAGCACGACACGCUUACUGACCGCGGCGGCGCAGAAAUCGCGAGCCAUGGGGCGGCCGACAUGCGUCAACACGACCCUCAGACGUUGAGGCCCCUCGGAGAAUCGAGAUCCCUGGACAGAGCCGCCGCUCUGGCAUCGUCCGUGUUUGUCAUUGGCAGGGAGCCGACGUCGUCUCCCAUGUCCAGAGAGCCCGCAAGGCGUCGUCGAGUAUCCGACGACAUGCCGUACCUGUCCUCUGGCGCAACUGUCGGGAGGAACUCGCAGUUUUACAAUCUAACCAGGCAAGAUCGCAACGAGCUGGGGGGCAUCGAAUACCGCAGUCUGAAGCUGUUGCUCAAGGUCGUCGUCGUCUACUACUUCGGCGUCCAUCUUGUCGGGGCCAUUGGCCUGGUAGGCUGGAUCCUGCAAGGGAGCCCAAAGUAUGCGGCGCACCUCGCCGAGUUCGCCCAGGACAAGAUCUGGUGGGCCUUCUACACGUCUCAGACGGCCGUCUGCAACCUAGGAUUCACCCUCACGCCCGACUCGAUGCUGUUCUUCCGAGACGCCCCCUGGGUCAUGUUCUGGCUGAGUCUCCUCACGUUUGCCGGCAACACGCUGUACCCCGUCUUCCUGCGGUGCAUCCUGUGGACAAUGUCCAAGAUGACGCCUCGCCGCUCGUCGAUCCAGGAACCCCUUCAGUUCCUGCUGGCUCACCCGCGCCGAUGCUACGCGCUCCUGUUCCCCUGCGGCACCACGUGGGCGCUGUUUGGCAUCAUCAUGGGUCUCAACCUCCUCGGCACUCUGAUCCUCCUUGUGCUGGACCUGCACAACCCCGAGUUCACGCGGCUGACGGCAGCCCAGCGAGUGGCCGCGGCCUUUUUCCAGUCCGCCGCCGCGAGACACACCGGCGCCGCCUCGUUUACGCUGUCGAGCCUGAGCCCCGGUGCGCAGUUCACCCUCCUCGUCAUGAUGUACAUCUCUGCGUUCCCCGUCGCCAUGAGCAUUCGCUCGUCCAACAUAUACGAGGAGAAGUCGCUCGGGUACUAUGCGCCAGACCCGACGUACGACGAAGACCGAGGGGCGACGUAUCUACUCCAGCACAUGCAGAAGCAGCUCGGCUUCGACCUGUGGUACAUCUUUCUGGGGCUGUUCUGCUUGAGUGUUUCCGAGGCCAGUAAACUCGCGGAUCCCAAUCAACCUGCGUUUUCAUUCUUUGCCCUCUUCUUUGAGGUGGUUUCGGCCUACGGCGGUGUUGGCUUGACCAUGGGCUACCCGGGCAUCACUUCGGCGCUGUCGACGAGAUUCACCACGUUCGGAAAGGUGGUCAUGUGUGCCAUGAUGAUUCGUGGCCGGCACCGGGGGAUGCCGCACGGGCUGGACAGGGCCAUUAUGCUUCCGGGCGAGUGGCUCGAGGAGGAGCGUUCAGGGUGA